CCCAGUCUCUACACCCACUGUCUCAUUCUCUUAUUUCCCUCUCCUACUUUUUUUUUCCUCCUCCUUUUUGCCUCUUCCUUUAUUUCUCUUGCACAGAGAUACACAGAUGAAUACACACGCUCUUUCUUUCUUCCUCUUUUGGUAUCCAGAGGCAACUGCGAUGAGCAGCCUCCCUCACCAAGCCUGUGGAUCCCUUCACUUGACUAAUUAGCCUUGAAGUGCUGUUGAAGAUCAUUAUAUUUAGCUCAACGACCUAGCAGCAGAGUACAGACAGAUAUAGAGUAGACUGGCUGGAGGCUGGGUGCCUAGCACCGGGCAAGCUCUCUAUCUCUCUUUAUUCGUACUCAGUGUCGAGGGCUUCUCGGUGGCGGAGCGGCAGAAGUGAGGGGUGCUUUUGCUUUGAAAAGCGACAAGAAGGAGCGGAGCUGUGUCCACAAUGUAACCACAGAAUGGGAGCUCACUGCAGGAGCAAAUAAAUUCCCCUGGAAACGAAGAGACGGAGACUCAAAGGUAGCAGUGGUCACUGUGCAGCAGCGCUAUACUUGCGGCAUACAAAGAUUUAAGAUGGCUGACAGUCGGCUGUCAGCUCAGAGGAGAGUGAUGAGAAACCCUCCUGGAGACCGAGGCCAGCAGAAGACCAGCACCUACAUUGUGCCCUGCUUCCUCUUUGUGGAGCUGGUCAUCAUGGCAGGGACCGUUCUGUUGGCGUACUACUUUGAAUACACGGACACGUUCCCCGUGCACAUCCAGGGCUUCUUCUGUUUCGACAAAGCCUACUCCAAGCCAUACCCAGGACCAGAGGACAACAGCCUGGCGCCGCCCGUCCUCGUCUACUCCCUCGUCACCGCCAUCCCCACUGUGACAAUUCUGAUCGGGGAAGUGACCAGUUUCUUUGUGAAGACAGAGGGAGCUCAGGAGAAGACCAUAGUGACUGCUGACUGCUGUUAUUUCAACCCUCUCCUUCGUAGGAUUGUACGUUUUCUAGGUGUCUACUCUUUCGGCCUUUUCACCACCACUAUCUUUGCCAAUGCUGGUCAAGUAGUGACAGGAAACCAGACACCUCACUUCCUGUCUGCCUGCAGGCCAAACUACACAGCUCUGGGCUGCCACUCUCCGCUGCAGUACAUCACAGAGCGCCGAGCCUGCACAGGAAACCCUUACCUGGUGGCGUCUGCCCGCAAAUCCUUCCCCUCCAAAGACGCAGCACUGAGCUUCUAUUCAGCCAUCUACACAGUGAUGUAUGUGACCAUAGUGUUCCGGACCAAAGGGUCCCGUCUGACCAAGCCUACCCUGUGCCUGGUGCUCCUGUCUCUAGCUGUGCUGGUGGGGGUGGUGAGGGUGACUGAACACAGGAACCACUGGAAUGACAUCCUGGCCGGAUUUGUCACCGGAGGGGCCAUCUCUGCUUUCCUGGUGUCAUGUGUGAUCAACAAUUUCCAGCCAACCCAGAUAGCACUGCCGACUCCUCCACCUCCACAGCGUCCAGAUCCUUCUGUCGGGCUGCCUCUCCUCACUCUGCCCCGUGUGGAGAGUCCACUUGAAAAGUUAAGUGGCCACCAGCUUUUAAAUGUCUCCAGGCUCCAGGGCUACCGUAUUCUGAGAUCACAUGACCAUCAGCCACUCCUGUCCCCCGCCCCUCCCGAUGUGGUCCUCCCCUCACGGCGUUGCCUCACCAGCGCAGUCUAGACCUGCCCUCUGAGUGCCCCCGGCCCUGCCCUGCCCACCCCAAAGGACGACACCCUCUUCGGCGAGUCAGAUCCACCCAGGUGUGAAGGUCCACCAAUUCACAGGAGACAGGACAGCAACAUGUGCACAUGGCUGAAACAUGUCAUCCGCUAAAGACCACUAGGAGGUGGAGACCUGUUCUUCUGUCCUUUUCUGUCCUGUUUGUCCUCCAAGAUGGCCUCCCUUUUUGUUCGGGUGUAAAAAACCCAAUGAAAGACUCACCAAAGCCAGAGCGAUUGAAGCAAUACUGUGUUCGAUUUCCUUGUCCUUUUUUCCACAAUGACUCAGCAGUGACUUUAAAGACUGUUGGCUGGUGAUGACUUGAUAAAUUACUUGAUGGAAUCAAAAAAAAAACUGCGGAUUUUGGGAAUGGAACAAAAUCCAAAUCACAAGUGGAUCGUCUUCGAAAGAUCAUUUUCUAACACUCAGGAUAAUAUAAUGGGGAAAAAACACACAGGACAAGAUUAAAAACAAAGACCUUUAUGUAAUUAAAAUGCAGGUAUCAUCAAGCAUUACAGUACAGAUUUUUCUUUCUGUCCUCAAACAGUGUUGUGAAAAAUAAAAGCACUUUUGUAAAUUAUAGCACAGACAAACCAACGCUCAGUAAACUGUGUUAUAUCUUACAGUGUUUAGGGGAAUAUGGGUUUGGUUUGUUGCUAUAUAUUGUAUGAAGUGAUAGAAAAGAGAUUAACACACACUAGCUAUGCUUGUAACACAACAUUUGUUUUGGAGCAUCAGUUAAUUCAUCCCUGAAAUGAACUGAACUAGAUGUCCACCAACUUUCUAAACAUCCUUGUUUUACUAUCCAGGUGUGAAUGUUGUAAAUGUCUGUAGGUAAUAUGACCAAGCUGUGAAAUAUUUGGAAAUCUUUCUCAUUUGACUUACUAUUUCCAAGAGGAGUUUUUUUGUCUGUGUCAUUUUCCAUAAAACUUUCUUGUAUUGUUUUUCAUUUCAAAUGACCUUUAUCUAGUUACAUUAGUUUGCUACUGUUUAUGUGUCUGUUGUGUUUCCCUGCUUCAGUUCAUCGUCAUUUCCUCACACUAUAAAUCCAGCGGCACAGACCAGAGUAUAACACAAAGGUUAAGAGCUCUGAGUUUUGUAUAGUUUUGUACAGUAUAUACCUUUCUUUACACAGUACAGUAUAUACGACAUUAUUAUUAUGUUUAAAUUGUGCUGACUAUGUGAAGCCCGCAGUAGGUGUCUUGCAGGAACCCGAGUAGUAGCCUGAUCUAAAGUAGGAUCAUAGCACAGAGGAGAGGUGUGUGGAAUCUAACGGCACGCAGAUGGUUUGUUUGGCUCACACCUUGCUUUGGUUCUGCCCGGUUCAAAAGGACACUGCAAGCAGGUUAUGCUAGUAGGAGAGCACACAGUGAGAUAUUUAAAGAAGACAUCGCUAUGGUUUUAUGAAGUGUGUGUGUGUGCGUGUGUGUGUGCUUACUGGGAUUUGUGUGUAUGUUUAUAAUGAACACAAUGUAUGGCAGCACAACUGUUAAUCUGGCAAUCUGUUUUCUUAAGUUAAACUGUCAAAAGCAGCUGCUAUAAUUACACACUGGUGCUGGUGUGUGACUGCAGGUCAUCAAAGGACCCCUGUCAAGGCUUGCUAACAACGCCUGUAAUAGCAGAGGGUGCCCACUAUAGCACUGAGAUUGCCUACAGUAAAACCUUUCAGUCUGUUUUUUUUAAACUGAGGGGGUAAAGAAGUCCAUAAUGUCAGAAAAGUGUUAUUUUUAUGUUCAGAAUGUCUGUUUUGUAUUUAUUUGCCAAAAUAAAUUGCAGUUACCACACGCUGCUGCUUGAAUCACUUUUAAAUAAAAAUCUGAUUUGUUUAAAUUUUUCCCACAAUUCAGUAAAGAUAUGUUUUUGUUGUUAAGCAGCCAGUAUGCUUCUUUAGGAGCGCUCGUCAGAUGGUUGAAUAACCUCAGAAAACCCCUCCCCCCUCAUCUUCGGAACAAAACUGACAAUGGAAGCCAAGGGCCCGGGUUUAAACCUCCCCCUCUAGUGUUCUUUUUUCAUUCAUGGCACAAAUAU